AUGUUGGCCCGUUGGUUAAAUAUUAUCGCAAUAAUUUGUGUCAUACCUUACACAAAAGGAGAACUAAGGGUUGCAAUAGCGCAUCUACAAUCGCUACAGUCAGUGACUGGUCAAAUUGAGUUGACUGAGACGGCAAAGGGGCUACAUGUCUAUGGAGUUAUAACUGGUUUACCACCCGGUGCCUACGGGUUUCACGUUCAUGAAUUAGGGGAUGUUACACCUGAUUGUAACCUAGCGGGUCGGCACUUCAAUCCUGAGGGAGCCACCCACGGUGGCAGGGAAUCCACCAUACGUCAUGUCGGUGACCUCGGAAAUGUAUUGUUCGUUAAUGAUCGAGCCUCAUCUGCUACAGUAGACUUCGAAGAUAGUGUAUUGACACUUCGAGGACCAAAUAGUAUAUUGGGGCGCUCUUUGGUCCUGCAUAUACACGAGGAUGACCUAGGCUUGGGUGGAAACUCCACGUCAUUGACGACAGGUAACUCGGGGCCACGGGUAGCAUGCGGUGUCAUUGGAAUCAAAUCACCUUUUGAGCCUUGGAGUGCCGCUAGCUCUGUCUCUCCGUCGGGAAAAAAAUCAUCACAUGCCUCCUCCUUUCUAUUGACUAAGAACCACCCCGUAAACCCCGUUCUAACUUCGAAGGCUCGAGCCAGAGCUGCGGUUACACUAUGCAAGGUCGUCCGCAGCGCUUAUCGGCAAAACUCUUGCAGUUUGUGGAUGGAUGUAUCCCUAGAUUUACCUUCCUUAGCCCUAGGCAUCACUUGA